UCCCUAAUCCUGUGAGGUGCUCGUAUUUCCUGCCUCCGCUUAAUCCGCAUGUGGCCCCCAGCUCUGACCACACACACACACACAGAGGGCCCCUCAGACUCUCGAUAUAAAAACCCCUCUGUAUGUACAUUGGCCAUUCUGCGUAUCCCAGCCUGUUGUGUCGAGUGAUACCACAUUUUCAUACAGUGGCGUGAUCCGUCAGUGAACAGCUCCUCGUAUUUUGGGCGCGGGUGUGACGGUCCUUGAAUGCAGCACGAGAUGUCAGAUGUGGAAGAGGAGUACGAGUGAGUAGAGCCCCAUCCCUCCGUAGGUCAUUUCCCAGGAUUCCACUUCUGUGAUGUUGACUGAGAUGUUUGUCUUCCUGUCCCUUCUCCUCUUCUCUGCAGGGAGCGUGAUGCUGAAGAGGAGCUGGAGGCCGAGCUAGAGGAGCAGGAGGAGCCUGAAGCGGCAGAGGAGGAUGGAGAAGAUCAAGACGCCCAGGAAGAAGAACGCCCCAAACCCAAACCCAUGAUGCCUCAACACGUCGCUCCAAAGAUCCCAGAGGGCGACAGGGUGGACUUUGAUGACAUCCACAGAAAGCGCAUGGAGAAGGACCUCCUGGAGCUGCACACUCUGAUUGACGUCCACUUUGACCAGAGGAAGAAGGACGAGGAAGAGCUCAUCAGCCUCAAGGACCGGAUUGAGCGCCGUCGCUCAGAGAGAGCUGAGAUCCAGAGGGUGAGAACGGAGAAGGAGAAGGACCGGCAGAACAGGAUCGCGGAGGAACGUCACAGAAAAGAAGAGGAGGAGGCCAAGAAGAAGGCCGAAGACGACCUCAAGAAGAAGAAAGUACUGACUGGCAUUGGAGCGAACUUUGGAGGCUUCCUGGCCAAGGCAGAGACGAGGAAGGGCAAGCGUCUGACCGGCAGAGAGAUCAAGAGGAAGACUCUGACCGAGAGACGGAAGCCGCUGAGCAUCGACAACCUGAGGGAGGAGUCUCUCAAGGUGCAGGCCCAGGAGAUGUGGAACUGCAUCUACCAGCUGGAGUCUGAGAAGUUUGACUUCAUAGAGUACAUGAAGCACCAGAAGUAUGAGAUUAUCGUGCUGCUGAACAGAAUCCAACACGCUCAGAAAUUUAAAAAGAUCCACGGCAAAGGCAAGGUGGGAGGUCGCUGGAAGUAAAUCAGAGGGGCGCAAAGUAUACAGAGAGAGAACAAGGAGGGGGGGCACUGUUUCCUGCCGCCGUGUGGACCUUUGCUGUGUGUGUGUGUGUGUGUGUGUGUGUGUGUGUGUGUGUGUGUGAGAGAGAGAUAUUUGAUGU